AUGCACACAGAGACCUCCGGUUCCAUGCAGCGGCAAGCUAACGAAGCCUCGCAAUUAGACCUGUAUUCACCAGCCUCUCAAGCCAUUCUGAAUCGAGUGCUUCCGGCUCUGAGGCAAUCGUAUGGUGCCGAUGGCGCCAUCUUGCUAUCUGCUGACAUUGCCGACGCCUACUUGACCGUCCCGCAGGACAAGCCAACUAUAGUUACGUUAGGCUAUGGGGUGUCUUAUGCUUUGGGUUACAUGUUGCCGGGACAACGUGCGGGUUCGAAAGGGUGGUUCAAUGCCUUCACGACUUUUCUGGUUGAUAACGCCGGUGCCGAGUUGUGGCGGGGCUGUGAGGCCCUUUACCGCUUGAAGCCCCUUGAUGGUGAGCACGACCCAGUGCCCAAUGCGGGCAUGUUGCAUGUCGAUGACACCUUGGCGUCAGGUUCGCGGAACCGGCUUGAAAGUGUUCUUGAUGUGAUCAAAUCAAAGUACAAAGUGUCAGCAGAGAUGAUGAUCCAGGAAGGCGAUGAGAUCUCUUUCUUGAAACGGAAGCAUGUGCUUUCGAGUGAUGGUGUGCUGAUUAUCCGUCGCUCCACCAAGCAUUUGAGCAAGCUUCUUGAUAUGCUGGGACUUCAGAAUGCAGCCAUCAAGCGUACCCCACUUCCUUCGUGGAGCAACGAGGACCUUCGUGAUGACGGCGAGUCGUUGUCUUCAGCUGAUCAAGCUACCUUCCGCAGUGCUGUAGGCUAUGCGCCAUCGAUGUCUCCCACAUCUCCGGGUGUUGGCAUUCGUGCCCGAGCUUCGAAUGAAGGAUCUUCGCUUGUUGAGAUCAUGUCUGACUCUGACUGGGGUGCUUCAAAAGCAAACCGCCGAUCUGUGAGCGGAUGCGUGUGCUUGAUUGAUUCCAAUGUGGUUGCAAGUUCCAGCCGCACCCAGAAGUCGAUCAGCUUAUCGUCAUGUGAAGCUGAACUUCUAGCCUUGACGGCUGCCUGUGCUGAAGGGAUCUUUCUUCGUGAAGCCGUAUCGUUUUGCACCCAGCGCCCUGCCGAACUGAUCGUGUACACUGACAGUGCUUCCGCUCGCCAGUUCCUUGCCAGGCAAGGACUAGGGCGAUUGCGCCAUCUUGAUUUACGGCUGCUGUGGUUGCAAGACCUUGUGCGAUCUCACCAAUUGCGCUUGAGUGCUGUGCCAGGGCCCGAGAACUUAGCAGAUUUGCAAACGAAAGCUCUGAAAGCUGAUCGUAUCCGGUAUCUGCUUCAUGGGUUCAAGGUUCGUGAUGAAGCCAACUCAGAUGAGCUUGUUGGUGUUGCCGAAGCCACGGCAAAUGAGGAUCGUGCUGCAAACAGUUCCGCUGUGCGAGCGGUUCGCGCGUACCGAGGUCCCGCUUCAAAGCUGAGCCUCUUGCUUCAGGCGUUGACAAUCGUUGAUUCCUUUACGGCGUGCGCGGCACAAGGCCGGGAAGACACCUUGAGCGGCUACGGCCUCCUCGGCUUUGCAGUUUUCGCAAUCUUUUGCAUGAUCAUAUGGAUUGUUUUGCGAUUUUGCCGUGCACAUGUGCCUGCUGAUGAGAUUCAGCCUGAGCUUGAGCCAGAUGUGUCAGAGCCUAGCGGGGACAGCAGCAGCGAGUCCUCUGAUGUUCAUGAUGCCACCGCUGCUGGAUCAAAUGAUGUGCCUGUAACGGCGAUUGUGCCGAUUCCAAAACAAGCUGCACUUCCUCCAGCGACCGUCACGGUGCGCCAUGAUCCAAAUGAUUUGUUUGUGUACUACACGCGGUAUGGUGAGUGCAUGCAUUCUUUGAGAGAUUGUCGUGGACUUCGCAGUGCCAAUCGAAUCUUUGGAGAUCCCCUUCAUGUUGUGCUUCGCGCACGGCCUGGACUGAGGCCUUGCAUGUUCUGUGGAGGACCGAUCUACACUGUGCUUGAGCGCUUGCGUGCGCCUCCUCGUGUGGCCGUGCUUGAGCUCCCGCUUGGUGAGCCUGAACCCGAUGGUCAAAGUGAUGCUUCCGAUCACUGA